AUGAGUUCAUACAACUCUUCUGGAUUUGACGUAAAUUCUAAAGAUUUGGACAGCAGUGAGCGCCAUGAUCGACUGAGUGAGUUACCCGAUUCCUUAAUCCUUUCGAUUCUUUCAUUCUUGUCAAUGUACGAUGUUGUCCGAACAACCAUUCUCUCAAAACGUUGGAAAGAUCUCUGGGUCACCAUCCCUUGCCUUCAUUUCAUUAUUAUUCGUGAUAUUCAUUUUAGAUAUGUAGACUUUAUUAAUGGUGCUCUUGCACAGUGGAAAUGCUCCAAGAUGCUGAAAUUCUCCCUGCACCUGUCUUACCAAUUUGGUCAUUCCUUUGAUAGUGAUAUUCAUUCAUGGCUGCUUUUUGCAAUUGAAAAACAAGUGGAGGAGCUCUCUAUAGAUUUGGACAGUCGGUAUAGUAAUUUUGUCGCGCCUCAGCGUUUGUAUUCUUGCUCGUCUAUUACAAAAUUAUCCCUUGCUUUUCAUGACCUGGAAAUUGAGGACAAAGUGCAGUGGAAUAAGCUCAAGAGUUUGACAAUUAGAGUUGACGAAUCCUUGAGCGAAGAGGUCAUGAACCAAGUCCUCUGUGGUGCUCCUCACUUGGAAGAGCUGAUUUUGAGCUUUAGGGAAAUUAGUAAGAACUUAAACAUCAGAUCCACAAGUUUGAAGAUGCUCAAAAUCGAUGCGUAUACUUCGUCAUGUAAUGCUGCUGUGCUUGGAAUUUGGGCUCCUAAUCUCGUGACUUUAGAAAUUUCAGGUGUAGUUUAUCAUGAUUAUUCGUUGGUCCCUUCUUGCACUCAUGUAAUCCUCUCUUUGAAAAAGAGUGAUUGGGAGUUUCUGCCUUGUGAGAAUUUUACUCAAGUUUUUGGAAGCAUAAGCCAUGUUGAGAAGUUAACUUUAUCAGAAUGGUGCAUUAAGCUUCUUCUCUUCAUGAAGGAUAGAAAUAUGGAUGUGCCCUUCUCAAAUGCAAAGUUUCUAAAACUCUACGUUCAUGAAGACGACGAGAUGCUUGAUGUUUUUGUCUUUUUUCCCAAGCUGAUGCAUACAAUCAUUGAUCAUCGUGAUGAUAAGGAUCCUUCUUAUUUCGUAGCGCCUAAGCAUCUUGAUACGCUCGAUUAUCACAAGGCUUUUUUCCGCAGUCCCUCACUUGUCGAACUAAGGACAGUUGAGAUUACUUGGUCUGCAGGCGAUGCCUCUAUAAUCCAAGUGAUGGAAUGCCUAUCGGAAAAAGCUCACAAGCUCGAAAAGAUGGUGCUUCAACUAAGAAUGGCCGGAGAAGAGAAGACUCUGCUUGAAGAUAUAUACCCUAUUUGUUUAGGGCAUAUAUGCAUGUUUGGUAAUCUUUAA